UAUUUCGAUCAUCUUACCACCAGCUCUUUAGAUGCUGUGAAAAAAGAACCUGAGCAUUUAUCUGCCGAACAAACCAGGCUAUCUAGGCAACUUUCUGCUGUGGCAUUCAACGAGUACAGAUCAUUCCUUCGUGCUCACGAGUCUUGCAAUGAUAUUAGAAAGGAACUCUCCAGCAUAUCUACAGAAAUCCCAAAACUAACUUGCGCAAUAUCUUCUUUAAAAGAGUCCAUUAGUGCAUUGUCUGUGAGCUCUACUGGCAUUUCUGAAAAGCAUCGUACUUUAUUGCUCAUACUCGCUCAACAUGACUGUUUGAUUGAAAUUCUGGAUAUUCCCAAACUCUUCAAUACCUUUAUUCGUGGAGGAUAUUAUGAAGAAGCCAUGAGUUUACGUGUACAUGUGCAACGUUUACCAUCCAGAUAUCCAAACCUUCCAAUCGUGACUCGCAUUGCCCAGCAAGUCGAUGUGUCUGCCGAAAUGAUGCUUAGCCAGCUGAUUUUACUACUUCGAGGCAACAUCAAGCUUCCUCUAUGUAUUCGAGUCAUUGGUUAUCUGCGUCGUAUGGGUGCAUUGGCUGAGUCAGAAUUGCGUCUUGUGUUUUUACAGCAACGCGAUCUGUACAUGUCAACUCGUCUUGCAGCCAUCGAUGGCAGGGUUGCUCAUGUCGAGUAUCUCAAGCGCUAUAUUGAGAUCUCUCGCGAGCUGUUUUUUGAUAUUGUCACUCAGUACAAGGCAAUGUUCUUUGACUCACAAACAACAUUGCUUCAUAGCAAUCAGACUGCAGAUUCAUUUAUAAAAAACAACAUUGGCGCUCCGAUGAAUAAAUACGCCAUGCCACCUGCACUUGCUGCUGCUCCUCCGAUUGAUGAUGUAUCUGCUGUCAAUUCUAUUCUUACUCAGACCAUGUACUAUGGCAUGUCACUAGGCAGGGUUGGUAUUGAUUUCCGUCAAGCUGUAUCGGGUGUGUUUGAACUUGCUGUGGAACGCAUUGUAACCACUCAAAUGGCUCACGGUGUCGAUACAUUUGUGGCAUGGGCGGUAAAAACUCGUCUUACAGUAAGUAAUUUGGGAAGUGGAAGGCAUUCUUCUGGUAAUGCUGGAGCAAGCAGUACUCAUCAACCGCCAUUGGCUUUGCUAUCCUAUCCACCAUUGGGCACACUUCUCAAUACGUUUUUGGCCUCUUUCAACCAACUUCGUCUACUUCCGUGUCUGUCUCUUAUUCCCACCAUCUCUUCAUUCAUUGUUACCUCCUUGACUCUUGUAUCUGAAACUACAGCGGAUCUUGCUUCAUCUGAUUGGCAGCUUUGGUCCGACACGCGACGUACAGAAUUGGAAGACUUUUGUCGAGCUUUUGUAGAUAUACUCGUUCCA